CUUCCAAACAGUAUAAUUAACAUGCGGUGUAACAUAACAUAAACGACGAAGGUGCAAAUAUAAAAUAAUUGAUAUUAAAACCAGAUUAUUAAUCUAAACCUUUCACUCCUGUCCUGUAGACGGCAGUAAAACCGAGGAAAAUUUAUAAACACCACCGACCGUCAUCUGUUUACGAAAGCUGGUCUGAUACAGAAGCAAGCCAACAUGUCGGAGUACAAGUCUGUCCAGAAAGGCACUUUAAAACUAAAAGGAGUCUCUAUAGCAAGUAAAAAGAAAAAGAAGAAGGACAAGGAAAGGAAGCAUUUAGAGGAGCAGGUUAUGACCACUCAAAAUGAAAAAGGAACUAAGAAAGCUUUUGUUGACAAAAGGACACCAGCACAGAUUUCAUUCGACAAAAUACAAGAAAAAAGGCAAAUGGAAAGAAUUUUGAAGAAGGCCUCUAAAACGCACAAGAGAAGAGUUGAGGAUUUCAACAGACACCUGGACUCAUUGACAGAGCAUUACGACAUUCCCAAAGUCAGCUGGACUAAAUAAAUGUUGAUGUUUUUUCAGCUAGAUGCUUUCAGAGAAUCAUCUGCCGUGAUGCAUUUUCUUUCUAACAAGUACUGCAAAAAAAUCGAGCGAUUUUUAAUGUGUUGCUGUUAUACUCUUUGGAUUUUUCUUUAAGUUCAAUUUUCAGACCACUGUAUUUUGAAAGUUUGAUUUCACGCCUACCUUUAUGUAGUAAGGUCCAUAUGUCUGCCUGCAGUGAUCAUUAUAUUUUGUAACUUUUGGUUAAACUAUUUAAAAAAAAAACUCUUUAUCUAGCAUAUAAGUACAGGAUGUUAUUUUGCAUCAAUUGCAUGCUAUGAUUAGUGAUAGUUGUUGGUUUAGGAGUUACUCAGCUGAGAUCAGUGGAUUUUACAAUAUUACUUGUUUUACAUUGUAUAUGGACAGCUUCAACUUUUUUUAUGACUCAUACUUGUGGAUGACAUUUUUUUUUUUUCAUAAGACAUUCUGUACUCAUUAAAUUUCUCAAAUUGGCCAA